CAGUAAAUUCAGAAAAGCCAUUCCCAAUUUCUUUGACCUAAAUACCCCUUUUUCUCUCAAAGCCCUCGUACCUGUAUUUCCCUUCUCAACCCUCACAUACACUGCCUCUUCUGCCCCUGUAAUUCCCAAUCUCUCUUCGUCUCCUUCUUGCCCUUCACGAUUUUCUGCACAAUUACCCGCCAAAAUUCUUCAACUCCUCUUUUCAAAUUAUCGUUGUUUUUUUUUUCUGUCCCCCUUUCGCACUCCAUCUUCUGUCUCUCUUUCUCUCAUUCUCUCUUCCUGCAAUUCCAAGACCUUGACUUUCGAGCUCGAUCCGUCUUGCGCCGCUUUGGGACUUCGAUUUUUGGAGUUUUGAGCACUACCCAGUUCUGUCUUCUGUUGAUUUGGUUAAUUAGAAGAUGAAUUUGUGGAUGUGAUAGGGUCUGAAGCUAGGGUUUCGGACAUUUCAGGCAUGCUUUAGUACAGUCUGAACGCAGUGCUUCCAACUAUAAUUGGUAGUUACUUUGGGAGGCUGUGGAGCUGUGGACGUCUUUUUUAUACUUUGAUACAUCGUGAUAAAUUCGUGAAUGGCUAACCACGAGUUGAUACUUGGGCAAAGUCACAAUUUAGCACUCGGGCAAAAUCAGCAGGUACUGGGCCACAAUCAUAACCUAGGCCUUGGGCAAAAUCAUGAGUUUGAGUUGGGACAAGCCGACAAUCAUCAUUUAGGUAUGGGACAGGCCAACGAGCAUCAUUUGGGUUUGGGGCAGGCUCAUGACCAUGACCUGGGAUUAGGGCAUGCUCAUGACCAUGAAUUGGGUUUAGGACAGAGCCAUGAGCAAGAAGGGGAUGAUGGUCACAGCUACGGGCAUGGGGAUGAGUUAGGUAUGGAUCGUAAACCUAAUCAUGAUGACCAUGAGUUGGCUCUUCAUCCUCAGAACCAUGAGUUGGCUCUUCAUCCUCAGAACCAUGAGUUGGGUUUAGUAGAGAACAAUGAGCUGGCUGUCCCAGAGGACCAAGAACUUGAUGAAAAUUUGGAAUUAUCUAUGGAUCAUAAUCAUGAAAUGGGGAUAGAAUCUGCCCAUGAUAUGAGUGUCCAGGAAUCCCAGCUUGUACUCAGCUCCAGUCCUGUAAUUCAGGCCCGUAUGGCGAUUGUAAAUCCCAAUUAUGAAUUGGCAGUGGGCCAAGAGUUCCCUGAUGUCAAGAGUUGCCGGAGGGCUCUAAGGGAUACAGCCAUUGCCUUGCACUUUGAAAUGCAGACUAUUAAAUCUGACAAGACUCGCUUCACUGCCAAAUGUGCCAGUGAGGGAUGCCCAUGGCGUAUUCAUGCUGCAAAGCUCCCAGGAGUUCCAACUUUCACAAUCAGGACCAUCCAUGAGAAUCAUUCAUGUGGAGGAAUUUCUCAUCUUGGCCAUCAGCAAGCCUCAGUUCAGUGGGUUGCAAAUUCUGUGGAGCAACGGCUUAGAGAGAACCCUAAUUAUAAGCCAAAGGAGAUACUGGAGGAGAUUCAUCGAGUUCAUGGUAUCACCUUAUCAUACAAGCAAGCUUGGCGAGGAAAGGAGCGUAUCAUGGCUGCAAUGCGUGGAUCGUUUGAAGAAGGAUAUCGCUUGCUUCCACAAUAUUGUGAACAGCUUAAACGGACAAACCCAGGGAGUAUUGCGUCUGUUUAUGGAAACCCGAAUGAUAACUGCUUCCAGCGUCUCUUCAUAUCAUUUCAGGCAUCAAUUUAUGGUUUCCUGAAUGCUUGUCGGCCCCUCCUUGGGCUUGAUAGGACAUAUUUGAAAAGUAAGUAUCUGGGUACUUUGCUUCUUGCGACCGGUUUCGAUGGUGAUGGUGCUCUCUUUCCUCUGGCAUUUGGGGUUGUUGACGAGGAGAAUGAUGAUAAUUGGAUGUGGUUUCUUUCUGAACUUCAUAAUCUGCUUGAGAUUAAUACAGAAAACAUGCCUAGGCUUACAAUUUUGUCAGACAGGCAGAAGGGCAUUGUAGAUGGAGUUGAAGCAAAUUUUCCUACUGCUUUUCAUGGCUUUUGCAUGCGUCAUUUGAGCGAUAGCUUCCGCAAGGAGUUUAAUAAUACAAUGCUUGUUAAUCUUUUAUGGGAAGCUGCUCAUGUUCUCACUGUAAUUGAAUUCGAAGCAAAAAUAUUAGAGAUUGAAGAGAUAUCACAAGAUGCUGCAUAUUGGAUUAGACGGAUUCCAGCUCGCUUGUGGGCUACUGCUUACUUUGAGGGAACACGGUUUGGGCAUUUGACAGCUAACAUAGUUGAAUCGCUAAAUACUUGGAUAUUGGAGGCGUCGGGGCUUCCAAUAAUUCAGAUGAUGGAAUUCAUUAGAAGGCAGCUAAUGACUUGGUUCAAUGAGCGUCGAGAGACCAGUAUGCAGUGGACAUCGAUUCUUGUGCCUAGUGCAGAGAGGCGCGUUGCGGAGGCUGAAGAGCGUGCACGCACUUUUCAGGUCCUUCGUGCUAAUGAAGCUGAAUUUGAAGUUAUAUCUCAUGAAGGGACAAAUGUUGUGGACAUUCGGAACCGUUGCUGCCUUUGUCGGGGCUGGCAGCUUUAUGGUUUGCCAUGCGCACAUGCUGUUGCAGCACUUAAAUCGUGCAGGCAGCAAGUCAAUCGAUUUACUGAGAGUUGUUUCACAGUUACCACCUAUCGAAAGACAUACUCACAAACAAUACAUCCUAUUCCAGACAAAUCCCUAUGGAUGGAGUUAUCUGAUGGAGAUCCAAAUGCAAGCAAUGUGGCUGAGGUUCUCAUCAACCCACCUAAGUCACUCCGUCCACCAGGGAGACCAAGGAAGAAGCGUGUUCGAGCAGAAGACCGUGGCCGUGUGAAGCGAGUUGUGCAUUGUAGUCGGUGCAAUCAAACAGGCCACUUUAGAACGACGUGUGCAGCCCCCAUAUAAAUCGUCCCUAUUGGCAAUUAGUUUGCUGCUAUGGAAUCAGGGUACGUCCCUUUUGUGCAAAAGGAUUUUUGCUUUUUGUGAUUAUUUAUGUAGUCCUUGUUAGUUAGAUCCGUAAGUUAGUACGUACAUGCUGUAUUGCGUAGAGAAUUAUGUGGAUCAAGCUUAUUAUCUGCUAUCAUAUAUGAAUGCUAUUAGCACCAAUAAUUCAAUGUUGACGGUGAAAUUUGCGGUUCAA